AUGGAGGUGGUGGCCAGGGGCUGGAGUGGUGACCCGCAGUGCCUGAUCCUGCUGGUGCACAGCCUUGCCCAGUCCUGUGGGUCCUGGGGCCUCUACUCUGAUCCCUCACAGCCGUUUUCACCUUCCCGGAACGCCGACGGCAAUCGCCCCGGGGAGGGCCGGGACCGGGGCAGCGAGGGGGCGCGGCGAGCCCCCCGCCCCGUCCCGCCUGCCCCGUCCCGUCCCGUCUCGGCCACGGGCGCCCCGCGCCGCCGCCCCCCCCCGGCGCUGCCCUCCCCGCCGGCGGCCGCGCAGGGCGGGCGGCUGCGGGCGCUGCACUGGGAGCCGGUGCCCGCGGCGCGGGUGCGCGGCCGCCGCUCGGCCGCUCUGCUGGAGCCCAAGCGGAGCCUCGCCCUCGGCGUCUUCCUCAAGCAGGUCAAGCGGCCUGUCCGCCAGAUCGUGCAGGACAUCCAGCAGGGCGUCGGGGCACCCUAUGGGCUGGAGAGGCUGCUGGAGCUCUCCCGGAUGCUGCCCAGUGCCGCAGAGCUCAACACCCUGCACAGCUCCAUCCAGACCCUGACAGACACUGCCGUUGAGCUGCUGGAGUGCGAGGAGCUGCACACCAUCCUCCACCUCAUCCUGAGCACCGGCAACCACCUGAACACGGGUGGCUACACCGGCAGCGUUGCCGGCUUCCACAUCGCCUCACUCCUGAAGCUGCCCGACACCAAGGCCAAUGAGCCAGGCAUGGACCUGCUGCACUUCGUGGCCAUGGUGAGUGUGGUGGGGCCACAGCAUCUGGCCUCCCCGCACUGCUGGGGCUGGGGCUGGGUUUAUUGUGGGGGACUCAACCUUGGCAGAGCGUUGGGUCUGUGUCUGGAGCAGGCUUUUCCCUGAUGGGGUUCCUAAAUGGAAGGUGGUCCCUGUGCACCCCCUCACUCCUCUCCCUGGCCCUUGGGGCUGCUUCAGAUGUGGCUGCGAUGGUCAGGGCCUGUCCUUGUCCUCUGCCCGCCAUCCCUGUGGCCCUUCUCUGGGCAGCGGCUGACA